CUCGAAGCGUGAGGUCGCUUGUAUUUUUUUGACAGAAACCUCCUGCUCUUCCACUCAAACGCCAGGCGCGCAUGCGCAAAACCUCAAAACGGUUUAAAUAAACAAAAACUGAAGAAAAAAAUCAAAAUAAAAUUCUAAAAAAUAAUAAAGUGUGUUAAAAAGAGAGAACAAGCUCAAGUGAGUGUUCACGCCGCCGAAAACACUUGGAAGUUGGCCAGUAAACCGAACGAGCGACCUAUUUCCGCCCAAGACCCCGAAAAAGCCCCGAAAACCUAAGGCCCCAGACACAGAAUGAGUUCGGCGAUUGCGGGAGCCGCUUCGGCGAUCGGAGGAGCUGUCACGGCGGCCACCAGCAACAGCUGGUUCAUCCCCAUGCUGAUGGCCGCGGUGGCCUACUUUCAGUACGAGGAGAUCAUCGAUCCGGAGUCCAAGCCCAGCGACAUAGGCGGCGACGAGAUCCUCGACCACUACGACUUCAUAGUGAUAGGCGCCGGGUCGGCGGGGGCGGUGGUGGCCAACCGGCUGACGGAGGUGGAGAACUGGAACGUCCUGCUCCUGGAGGCUGGCGGCGAUGAAACGGAGCUCACGGACGUGCCCCUGAUGGCCGGCUACCUGCAGCUGUCCAAGGUCGAUUGGCAGUACAAGACGGAGCCCUCGGGAACCUCGUGUCUGGCUAUGCAGGGAGGACGUUGCAACUGGCCGCGUGGCAAGGUCCUGGGCGGCAGCUCUGUCCUCAACUACAUGCUGUACUUGCGGGGAUCCAAGCACGACUACGACAACUGGGAGGCCAUGGGGAACCCGAGCUGGUCCUACCGCGACGCCCUCUACUACUUCAAGAAGUCGGAGGACAACACCAACCAGUACCUGGCCAACACGCCGUACCACGCCACGGGCGGAUACCUGACCGUGGGUGAGGCGCCCUACCACACCCCGCUGGCCGCCAGCUUCGUGGAGGCGGGCGUGGAGAUGGGCUACGAGAACCGGGACCUGAACGGCGAGAAGAUGACCGGAUUCAUGAUCGCCCAAGGCACCACCCGACGGGGAUCACGCUGCUCCACCUCGAAGGCCUUCCUGCGCCCGGCCAGGCUGAGGCCCAACCUCCACAUCUCCAUGAACUCGCACGUGACCAGGAUUAUGAUCGAUCCGGUGACGAAGCUGGCCUUCGGCGUGGAGUUCGUCAAGGAUCAGAAGCUGUACCACGUGCGGGCCACCAAGGAGGUGGUGCUGUCCGGCGGCUCGGUGAACAGCCCCCAGCUGCUGAUGCUCAGCGGCGUGGGCCCGCGGAAGGAGCUGGCCAAGCACCGGAUACCGCUGAUCAAGGAGCUGAGUGUGGGCGAGAACCUGCAGGACCACAUCGGGCUGGGCGGGCUGACGUUCCUGGUGAACCAGCCGGUCUCCAUAGUCGAGAACCGCUUCCACACCAUGUCCACGGUCCUGCAGUACGCCGUGUUCGGGCAAGGACCUCUGACCAUUCUUGGCGGAGUCGAGGGACUCGCCUACGUGAACACCAAGUAUGCGAACAGCUCGAUGGACUGGCCGGACAUCGAGUUCCACUUCGUGUCGGGAUCCACGAACUCCGACGGGGGCUCCCAGCUGCGGAAGGCACACGGCCUGACCGAGUCCUUCUACAGGGCCGUCUUCGAACCGAUCAACAACCGGGACGCCUGGAGCAUCAUCCCAAUGCUGCUGAGGCCCCGGUCGGUGGGCAGCAUCCGGCUGCGGAGCGGUAACCCCUUCGACUACCCGUACAUCUUCCCCAACUACCUGACCGACGACUUCGACAUGAAGACGCUGAUCGAGGGCGUCAAGAUCGCCGUGGCCCUGUCCCGGACGAAGGCCAUGCAGCGUUUCGGCUCGCGGCUCUCGAGCAUCCGCUGGCCGGGCUGCGAGCAGGUGCCGCUCUUCACGGACGCCUUCUGGGAGUGCAUGAUCCGACGGUACACGUCCACCAUCUACCACCCGGUCGGCACCUGCAAGAUGGGCCCCUACUGGGACAAGGACGCCGUGGUGGACGCCAAGCUGCGGGUGUACGGCAUCCGGGGCCUGCGGGUCAUCGACGCCAGCAUCAUGCCCAAGCUGGUCUCCGCCAACACCAAUGCCCCGGUCAUCAUGAUCGCCGAGAAGGGCAGCGACAUGAUCAAGGAGUUUUGGAUCAAAAACACCAUCGUGUAGUCUUAGAACGGAGUGGUAGGGUCUUAGUUUUGGGUGUUUCCGACUGUUGGUUUGUUGGAAGAACUCUCAGAUACGAUUCUUCUGAGAAGUCACUUUCCAAAAAGCCCACAAUCUAACCUGUGAGUGCUUGUGAGUGUUUCCGAGUGUCUGAAUGACCGACUGAGUAUGAAUCUUGAGUGUCUGGCUUGUGAAUGUCUUUAUACUCGAAUAGUGUACAUGACUUAGUUUUAAAUUUUUAAAAUUAAAUG